UAGAUAUGUCUGCUGCCAGCUGUCUGCUGACUGAAGAUCAGUUUCUGUGCUCCAUCUGUCUGGAUGUGUUCACUGAUCCAGUCACCAUACCAUGUGGACACAACUUCUGUAAAACCUGCAUCACUGAACACUGGAAUAUUAAUGUCCAAUGCCUGUGUCCCCUGUGUAAUAAACGUUUUCACAGAAGACCUGAGCUGUAUGUCAACACUUUCAUAUCUGAGAUGGCUGCUCAGUUCAGACAGUCCGGUGUAAAGGAAAUCACCAGAAGCUCAGAGCAGCAACGAGCCAGACCAGGAGAUGUUGUCUGUGACGUCUGCACUGGAACCAAACUGAAGGCCCUGAAGUCCUGCCUGGUGUGUCUGGCCUCCUACUGUGAGACUCAUCUGGAGCCUCAUCAGAGAAUCCCAGGCCUGAAGAGACAUCAGCUGAUGGACCCUGUGGAUGAGAACCUGGAAGGCAGGAUGUGUACGAAGCACGAUAAACUGCUGGAGCUGUUCUGUAAGACCGACCAGAUGUGUGUCUGCAUGCUCUGCACUGUUUUAGACCACAAGACACAUGAUUUUGUUCCUCUGAAAGAAGAAUAUGAAGAAAAGAAGGUUGAGCUGGGAAAGACAGAGGCUGAAAUUCAGGAGAUUAUCCAAGAGAGGCGACUUAAGAUACAAGAGAUCAAACAUUCGGUUGCCCUCAGUAAGGAAGACGCAGACAGAGAGAUAGCAGAAGGUGUUCAGGUCUUCACUUCUCUGAUGGAGUCUGUUGAGAGAGGCCUGACCGAGCUCAUCGACACGAUCAAAGAGAAGCAGAGAAAGACAGAGAAACAGGCUGAAGACUUCAUCAAAGAGCUGGAACAGGAAAUCUCUGUACUGAAGAAGAGAAGCACUGAGGUGGACGAUCUCUCACACACUGAAGACCACCUCCACCUCCUCCAAAGCUUCCUGUCCCUGAACGCUGCUCCACCCACCAAGGACUGGACAGAAGUCAGCGUCCGUCCACCUUCAUAUGAGGGAUCCUUGGUGGUAGCUGUAGCUAAUCUGGACAAGACACUCAAUGAAAAGAUGAAGAAUUUGAUUAAGGUCGAGCUGAAGAGGGUCCAGCAGUAUGCAGUGGAUGUGACACUCGAUCCUGAUACAGCACAUCCUGAACUCAUCCUGUCUGAUGAUGGGAAACAAGUGAGUCAUGGUGACGUGAAGAAGAAUCUGUCAGACAACCCAGAGAGAUUUUCUGUUCAGCCCUGUGUUUUAGGAAAGCAGAGUUUCUCCUCAGGCCAGUUUUACUACGAGGUUCAAGUUAGAGGAAAGACUGACUGGACUUUAGGAGUGGUCAAAGAGUCAGCAAAGAGGAAGGGAUACGUCCCAAUAAGCCCAGUGGAAGGUUAUUGGACCAUGUGGUUCAGGUCUGAAAAUGAGUACAAAGCUCUUGCUGACCCUCCAGUCCGUCUCUCUCUGCAGUCUCAGCCUGAGAAGGUGGGGGUGUUUGUGGAUUAUGAGGAGGGUCUGGUCUCCUUUUAUGACGUUGAUGCUGCAGCUCUUAUCUACUCCUUUACUGGCUGCUCCUUCACUGACAAACUCUACCCAUACUUCUGUCCUGGUCUUCAGUAUGGUGGUAAAAACUCUGCACCUCUGAUCAUCCCUAAUGUCAGUCACACUGAAUAGACUGAUCAGAUAUCG